AUGUCUUCCAGUGAUGACCGAUUUUAUAUCCCACUGCCACGAAGAAACACCAGUGGUCUCUCCGGAAUGUCCUCUGGUGAGCUGAAUAUGCAUAGCAAAGGGACUGUGUUAAGUUUUCAUAACAUCUCCUAUUAUGUAAAAGUGAAGCGUCACCUUCUACUUGGUUGGAAAAAAGAGGAGAAAGAAGUACUAUCGAAUAUAAGUGGGAUCAUGGCACCUGGCCUCAAUGCCAUUCGGGGACCCCUAGGUGCAGGAAAAUCUUUGUUGUUAGAUGUCUUAGCUGCAAGAAAACAUCCAGAAAAAUUGUCUGGAGAUGUUUUGAUAAAUGGGGAACCUCAGCCUGCCAAUUUCAAAUGUUAUUCAGGAUAUGUAGCAGAAGAUGAAGGCAUCAUGGGCACGCUGACAGUGAGAGAAAAUUUACAGUUCUCAGCAGCUCUUCGGCUUCCAACGACCAUGACACAACAUGAAAAAAAUGAGAGGAUGAAUGAUGUCAUUGAAGAGUUAGGUCUGGAUAAAGUGGCAGAUUCCAAGGUUGGAACUGAACUUAUCCAUGGUGUGUCUAAAGCAGAAAGCAAAAAGACAAGGAUAGCCAUGGAGCUAAUCACACACUCUUCCAUCUUGUUCCUGGAUGAGCCCACUAAUGCUUUAGAUCCAAGCACAGCACAUGCUGUCUUUUCACUCCUGAAAAAGCUGUCUAGGCAGGGGCGAACAAUCAUCUUCUCCAUUCGUCAGCCUCAGUAUUCUGUCUUUAAGAUGUUUGAUAGCCUCACCUUAUUGGCUGCAGGGAAUCUAAUGUUCCACGGUCCUGCGCAGAUGACUAUGGAGCAACUUUUCUUCAGCAGGUAUGGUUACAAAUGUGAGCCCUACAACAAUCCUGCAGAAUUCUUCCUGGAUGUCAUCAGUGGGGUCUUCACUGCUAAGGAAUCAGAUCGAGAGGAGGAAGAACACCAAUAUGAGAACAUUAAAGAGUUUUCCAGGACAGUUGAGUCAAUCACAGAAAACUUAGCUGAGUUCUAUGCCAACUCCCCCUUCUGCAGAGAUACAAAAGCUAAACUAGAUCAAUUCUCAACUGGUCAGAAGAGGAGCUUAGCCUUCCAGGAGUUCACCUGUGCCGCAUCCUUUUGUCACCAACUCAGGUGGAUUACCUGGCGUUCAUUUAAAAAUUUCCUGGGUGAUCUCCAGACCUCUGUGACUCAGAUCAUUGCCACAAUUAUAGAGGGAUUGCUUAUAGGUGUCUUUUUCCUUGGGAUAAAAAACGAUUGUACUGCAAUCCAGAGUAGAGCCUGGAUGUUCUAUGUUUUGAUAGUCUCACUUUGUUUUAACUACGAGUCUGCAAUUCAGCUCUUUCUGCGGGAGAAGAAGCUCUUCAUAGUUUGGCAGAGAUUAAGUGGUGAAUUGAUCAUCAACUUGAAGUUGGAAAGUAAAGAUGACAAAGAAUGUGACCAAGUUAAACCUGAGGUUGCUGUCUGGCAGAGAUUUAAACACUGCUAUCAGGUGCAGGUUGCUGCCUGGCAGACAUUGAAGGACUGCUGUGAGGUGCAUGAUUCUGACGUUGCCUCUCACCACAAGUGGCGCCUGAACAGGCAUCUGAGUAAGAGGCACAUGGAGGAGAGUGCCCUGCGAUCUAGGACACUACAACAAGAACUGCGACUGAUCCCUGUGGCUCCUGCAA